AUGGAGAUUUUGGUUGGAUUAAUUGUUGUGUUAUCCUUUCAUGCUGGGAUUUGUGGAGAAAAGAACGUGAGGAUGACUGAGGACGAGAAACUAGAAGUAAUAGAAGAGCGAUUAUUCAAACAUGUGUUACAAGAAUACCCAGAAUUCGCUACAGUGACCGGAUGUGGCCUAUAUGAUCACAAUCUGACAGCUUACACACUGGAGGCAUUCACGAGGAGGAAGGUUGCUAAUGAAGACAUGGUGUCUGACCUCCAUUCCCUCACUCUACACAAGCUUUCCAGACCUCAUAGGAUGAGAUACAAGAUCCUUUUGGACCACUUACAAACUUUCUUGGCGGGUUACAGGUGGCGAGAAUUUGGAAGUCUCAACCCAAUAAAUGUUAUGGAAUCUUUAUAUUCGAAAAGUAGCAGUUGGUUUUUGCCGAAGGAAGACUUGCAGAAACAUUUCAAACGAUAUAGAGGACGAUUCAUGAGUUAUCCAAAACAGGCGAGAGAGCUAAUCAAUCUGAUGAAGAGAGCCAUACACUUGAAUCGAACCAACCAUAUAUACGCCAUGGGACGUACGCAAGAAAUGAAGGAGUGGUUCGAAAGCAUGAUGGUGUUAUUCAGGAAUCAUGAAAGAUUCUUUGUUAUACCGCCUGUGGAACUAAAUGAAAUUUUUCAACUGUUAAAACAGCUUCAGGACACUAUAGACGGAGUUCAAAUUUUCCUACUGAAUGAAUACCUUCCAAACACGCGUGCUGAACCAGGUGUGUCGUCAUUACCGGAAGGGCAGGAUUACUACGAGGCCUGCAUCAAAUAUCAUACAGGAUUGUCAUUAACAGCUGCUCAAGUGCAUUCAAUUGGACGGAAAGAAAUGAAUCGGAUUCGUCUUGCGAUGCAAGAGGUGAUGGAUAGAGUGGAGUUCAAUGGAACGUUAACGGAAUUCUUUAAUCAUUUGAAAACUGUUCCAGGGCUCUACAAUCUCACCAAGGAGGAACUAAUCUCAGAAAGUGAGCAUAACAUCCACGAGCUGAUUGAACCCCGACUAUGGUCCAUAUUCAAAAAUAUAGAGCAUGUUCCUGUCAGAGUUGAAGGAACACGAUUAGCGAGAUUUCCAUGGGGAGGAUACAAUAAUGGUACUUUUGGAGUGAAUAUUUGGAUGGCAGAAAAAAAGCCAGCAUUUAUCAUGAUGCCACUUUCCCUUCAUGAAGCUGAUCCAGGUCACCAUUUCCAGGAUAUUUACCCGAAUGUUCCUGACCUACCGAUGUAUCGACGCUGGAUUAAAUUCGGAGAAUGGCACGCAGUUCCGUUUAUGUAUCCUUCUUAUACAGCAUACAUAGAGGGCUGGGCUCUAUACAGUGAAUACUUGGGAGAGGAGAUGGGACUUUACAACGAUACAUAUGAUCUGUUCGGACGGUAUGUGUUCGAGAUGUUUCGAGCCAGUCGGAUGGUUGUGGAUACCGGUAUACAUGCGUAUGGGUGGACACGGGAUGACGCUGUGGAGUACAUGAUGAAUUUUACUGGUCUUCCCAGUGAAACAAUCCAACGUGACGUCAGCCGAUUUAUCGCGUGGCCAGGUCACGCAUGCGCUUAUAAAAUUGGCGAACUGAAAAUCAAAGAGCUCCGCAUUAUGUCCGAAAGGAGAUUGGGAAAGCUGUUUGACGUGAAAGAAUUCCAUGACGUCGUACUGAGAAUUGGCCCGGUGUCGCUGCGAGUCUUGGAGGAUGUAGUGGACGAGUGGAUCUCUGAGACUCUGUUGUUAGCUUCUAGUGUUCCUGCUAUCAUCUCAUCUGUAUCAAAUCCUGUAGCUCUGAGCUUUCUUGUCAUUUCACUCAACAAGAUCAUAGUUCGCUAG